UUAGUUCCGGGAAAGAUGGAUUUUCGCUAAUGGAACGGGAUUGGCGUGCUCAUCGAACCGCGUGGCGGUUGUAGUACGAUGGCGUCGAAAACGGCAACAACUGCGACGACGACGACGACGACAAAGUCCUAUCAGUGAAAUUGAAUUACGUUGUGUUAUCGUGCCGAGCAUGUGUGCGUGCGAAUGAGUUCGUGUGGGUGAUUGUGCUUGCUAUAGUGAAUAAAUCUGCUCGGGAAGAAAUCAGUUAAACGAGCAGGCGUACGAGCGAAGCUCCAAACAAUCCUUUGAAGAUUAGAAGGCAUUAGGCGGAGCGAGCGUUGCGAUCCUUCGGUCAGUAAACAACGUUUGAGUGCGAUACCGAAUCGAAACCAUCAUCAGAAUCAUCAUGGUGGAGUCGGGCAGCAUGAGCCGGACCAGUCCAGGCUCAACGUCAAUUGUGGCGGCUGGCGUUCGCAGUGGAAUACUGGAGACACGGGUCCGCGGUGCUUGGUAUCGGGUGUCGGUUACACUGGAAACGGACUACAUCUCGGUCAGUUUGGAUGAAACGUGCGAACCGGUCGAUCACAGCACCACACUGAAUGGAACGCUCGGGAGCAAUCACAGUGGCAACAACAGUUCGAACAAUUCAUCCCAGCCAUCGUCGGCGGGUGCAUCGGGGCCAUCGAUUCACUCGUCGGAGAAUCUGAGCAACGGAGGCGGAGUGACGACCCCGGCCGGAAGCAGCACACUCAACGGCGGAGGAAGUCUGAACGGGGACAAUUUCCUCAACAAUAAUAAUAACAACAAUGGCAGCACCAGUAACGGUGGCCACGUCCUCAACAAUAAUGGCACCAAUGGGGCGGUGGUCGGCGGGGGAGCGGGCAGUGCCGGCAGUGGCAGUAACAACAACAGCAUCGACAACGGAAUCGCCGAAAUUUGCGACGUACCUGAUUCGGUGGCGAACCAGAAGCGACAUGUCCGCGUCAUCAAAUCCGACAACAACGGUCUGGGCAUUUCGAUCAAAGGUGGUCGCGAAAACCGAAUGCCCAUCCUGAUAUCGAAAAUCUUCCGCGGCAUGGCGGCGGACAAUGCCAAAGGGCUAUACGUGGGCGAUGCGAUCCUGUCGGUGAACGGAGAGGACCUGCGGGACGCCACACACGAGGAAGCGGUUCGAGCACUGAAACGAGCCGGCCGCGUUGUGGAUCUAGAAGUCAAAUUCCUCCGUGAAGUGACACCAUACUUCCGGAAAGCGAGCAUCAUCUCCGAGGUGGGCUGGGAGCUGCAGCGCGCCUUCCUGUGUCCACUCGGUCCCGGAGCAUCUUCCCCGCCAGCCGCAGCCCCUCGAAGCCCUCCCCGCGCCGACACCCGCUACAUCCCCCUGCAGUUGACCCAUCUGGCACGGAAUCUGAAAUACCACGACGCCGAAAAUCGCUGCAUAGAGCUGCACUCCCCGGACGGAAUCCACUCGUGCAUCCUGCGUGCCGUCGAUCCCCAGGAAGCGACCACCUGGUUCAAUGCCCUCCACUCGGCCAUCGGCAAAAGCACCCAGAAAGCGCUGCUUGACGCCAACCGAGCCCUGGUGUCGAUUAUCGGCGAGCUCAAGUUCAUCGGCUGGCUCAGCCGGAGAUGCGGAGGAGAACAGAAUGGCCGUUCCAGCUCGGAAAGCUCAGACGAAUUAGAUAAAUGGCAAUCAAUUUUCGUAGCCGUCACCGAUCGUGAAUUUCGAUUGUACGAAAGCGCCCCCUGGUCGGUGGAAGCCUGGAGUCGACCGUUCGAGUGCAGUCCACUGGUGAUGACGCGACUAGCUGGUGCUGGCAACACUUCCACCGUUGGAUCAAACUCUACGACGAAAUUUGAUUUACAGAGCGCCCAGUCCAGUGUGUUCUGCGUUCGGUGCGGUACCACGCGCGGAGUCGUCAGCCAUUGGUUGCGCUCGGAGACGAAUCGGGACAUGGCGGCGUGGGCACGGGUGCUGGUGCAGGGUUGCCACAAUGCCAUCAUCUGCCAGCGGGAGUUUUCGUUCCGGUGCUUAUAUCAGGGCCGCCCAUGUCAGCUAAUCGUCCACCUGGAUCGGGGCUUCACCCUGCUGGACUCUGCCCUGGCCAGUACCGGAUCGAAGCCCCUCUGGUCGUUUCCCUUCGACAGGUUGAAAGGUUCCGCCGACGACGGCACCAAACUGCUCUAUCUGGACUUUUCCGGCAGCGAAGAUGGCGCUGAGAUUGAACUGGACAUGGAGUGCUGCCCCAAGCCGGUCGUGUUCGUCCUGCACAACUGUCUCUCGGCCAAGGUGCACUCGUUGGCGUAAGACUGUUUCCAUGGGAAUCCGGAAUCGGCACCGCUUGAACGAAAGGAAAACGGAAAAAGUAUUAUAAUCAAAUCACUUUUUUGAUGAACGGGAAUAUCUGUACAUAUAGUAGGCUCGGUUGCAGCUUAUGGUAAAUCACAAUGUUGUUUUGUUUACGUUUACGUUUAUUUCAGUUCAGUUAUCUAGUUGCAAUAAGGUUUAAGUAUAUCUGCGGUGCAACGCACGUCUCUUUGUUAUUGGUAGUGAAUUCGGUUGCGUGAAAAGAAAGUCAGAAUAACACCAUACAGUUACAGUGCACAGUGUAACAAAAGGCAAUUAUGUAAGGAGAAGCGAUGAAAAAAAAAAAGUUAGUUUUCUGUAACUGAUUGUGAUAGUUGAACUGUUUUAAAUUAGAUAAACUUUUCUCAUAUAAACAGAUCGAAUU